AUGCCGCCUUUGAACGGCUUCUCCGACAACCCCCUCCGCACUCGAGAGCAGGUUGUGCAAGCCGCCAAAGCCAUCAUCCAGCCACUCAGCGCCUACACCUCGUCCGGCCACAGUCGUGUCAAGCUUCCAGUCAGUUCCGGCACGCUGUACGACGAAAAUGCCGCCCAGCUCGAGGGCUUUGCACGGCCGCUGUGGGUGGUGGGAGCUCUGCUUCGGUGCCGUGAGCCGGAGGAAGAGCUCACGGCCAACCUAAUCGCCGGCCUGAGCAACGGAACCGAUCCAAACCAUGAUGAAUACUGGGGAGAUGUGGGGGAUAUGGAUCAACGCAUGGUUGAAGCAGAAACAAUUUCCUUCACCCUCUUGGCAAGUCCGCGAGACCUACUCUGGGAUAGGCUCGGAGAGCAGGCUCGGUCGAAUAUUGCCAGGUGGUUCUCACAGCUAAACGGCAAGGACCUCCCCAAGGUAAAUUGGCUCUGGUUCCGUGUCUUUACCAAUCUCGUGCUCAUACGCAUGUGCGACCUUGACACGGCAGAGAUUCGAAGCCAGAUAAAGAUUGACCUCGAGCAUCUCGACACCUUUUACUUGCGGGACGGGUGGUCUAGCGACGGGCUAUGGAGAAGUCCCGAGCUCGACGACAAGGAAUGGGAGUUAUUCAAGGAGACGGGAACAGUGCACAGCAUCAAGCCGGACCGCUGCGCAGACUAUUACUCUGGUAGCUUCGCCAUCCAGUUCAGCCAGCUGCUGUAUGUGCGGGUUGCGGGGGACCUGGAUGCGGAGAGAACAGAGCGCUAUCGCCAGCAAGCGCGAGACUUUGGGGCACAGAUUUGGAGGUAUUUUGAUGCCAAAGGUGCGGUGAUACCCUUCGGUCGAUCACUCACAUAUCGCUUUGCAUGCGGCGCCUUUUUUGCUGCGCUUGCGUUGGCCAAGGUUCCCGACUUGCCAUCGCCGCUGGAUAGUGCAGGUGCCGUCAAAGGCUUCCUUCUACGACACUUGCGAUGGAACAUGUAUCUGACAGAGGACUACAACUCGCCUCAAUCCGUGUACUGGGCCAUGAAGACCUUUGUUGCAAUAGGAUUGCCCUCGACGGACCCUUUCUGGACUGACCCAGAAACGGAUUAUCCUGAAGCUCCUUUAUCAUCCGUCUCCCUGUGCCGCGCCUCGCGACAAAUUAUUUGCAACCGGGAGGGCAGACACCACUUUCUCCUAUCACCCGCACAAUUUACAUCGUUGCAAUGGAAAGGGGGGCAAGCAAAGUACUGCAAGUUCGCCUAUUCGUCGGCUUUCGGAUUCUCUGUCCCCACAGGACAGGUGUCGCUACAGCAGUUGGCUCUAGACAAUGCUCUUGCGUUGAGCAGGGACGGCAAGCAGACGUGGGCAACCAAAUGGAAAUGCAGAGAGCCAACAUUCGGGACCUGCAGAGUGCUUGGGGCUGUUCUGGAGGAACUUCCUGUGGCAAUGGUUGUGUGGUACCCGUGGGAGGACCGAAGCAUCACGGUCAACACCACCUUGAUUCCUCCGUCAGCACGCUGGCCAGACUGGCACACCAGGGUGCACCGAAUCAAGAUCAAUGAUAGAAGAAUAUCUAUACUGCAUCUAGUGGAGGGAGGAUUUGCUAUACAGGCACCACGAAGGAGAAGUGGCGUAAUAUCGCCUGGUCUUAGUCGUCUGCCGGUUUUUGGCAGCCACAAAAGCGCAAGCGAUGAGGAAUUUUUCAUGGAAACAAGUGAUGCAACUCUCGUUGUAUCUGAAGCUGGAGCGUCUGGCUUGUGCGUGGAGGUCCAGCAUGAAAGGGGGACGGCAACCGUCUCAGCAUUUCAACCAGAGGCAAACACCAAUCUCAUAGCCCCACGGACCCUGAUUCCGCUUGCAGAGCACAGCGUCCGUCGAUUAGAGCCGUCUGAGGAGCUACUUGUUGUUUCAAAUAUUUUUGCCAUUCCGACACAGAUCUCACAGGGCAGGUGGAAGCACGGAGAACUGGCAGAUCGAUGGGAAGACCGCCCCGUGGUACAGCGGCACAGUGUUGAUAGAGCGGGCAGUUCUGAUUACAUAGCUCUAUCUGAUUAG